AUGGCAGAACUGUUUAUAGCAAGAAAGCAGCAGCUUGAUCUCUUGGUCAAGAAACGGAAGAGGGAGAAAAGUCCCCCCAGACGGACAGGGCUCUGGACAGGUCGGGUCAGGUUUGCGGCUGCCAAGGAGCAUAGGCCACUUCCGGAAAGGAAAGCCAAAGAAGGAAAACCAGUGAAUGAGGGAAAGCCAGUGAAUGAGGAGAAGCCAAAAGAAGAAAAGCCAGCCAUGCAACCAAGGGUUGCAGGAAAGCACCCAGCUGGGGAUGAUGUACCCAGGAAGGCUAAAAGAAAAACCAACAAGGGGCUGGCUCAGUGUCUCAAGGAAUAUAAGGAGGCCAUACACGAUAUGCAUUUGAGCAAUGAGGAGAUGAUAAGAGAAUUUGACGAGAUGGCCCGGGUAGAGGAUGAGGUGAAGAAAACCAGACAGAAAUUGGGGGGGGUUAUGUGGAUGCAAAAAAGUUUACAGGACCCCUUCCACCCGAGGGGCCCAAGGGAACUCAGGGGUGGAUGGAGGGCCCCACAGAGGGGCUUUGAAGACAUUCCUUUUGUGUAGUGCCCCUGGCAGGCAUUUGCCUAGGCCUUGUGCUUUAACCUUAUACUAAUACUUGCUUUAGCUAUCACUCUUGUACCUAACUGCAGCCUUCAAUGUUUCAGUAGCAGAUUUUUGUCCAUUGCAUGGAAAAAUGUUUAUGGCAUAUUGUAAAAUUAAAAAGAAAAAAGUUUGUUGAACCAUAAAAAAAAAA